AUGGGGAGCCCAUCUUUCUGGGCUGCCCGGGGCCUGCUGCUCCAGCUGUUAUUGCUCUGGGCCUGGGGGCAGGGAACCCAGGAUGGCGAAGAAGUGAUCCGAAUUCAGAAGGUGACCCAUGGGACCGUGAGGGCAGGACUGGCAGAGCUGGUGGCCCUACCGUGCCUCUUUGUCCUCCGACAUCCACAGGAGCCUGGCCCUCCGCAUGACCCAGCACGGGUCAAGUGGACCAAAGUUCGGGCUGCCUCAGGCCAGAGGAUAGAACUACCAGUCCUGGUAGCUAAGGACAACGUGGUAAAAGUGGCACGUGGCUGGCAGGGCCGGGUGACUCUACCUGGAUACCCCCAGAACCGUUCCAACGCUACCCUGGUGCUGGGGCCUCUGAGAGCCAGUGAUGCUGGCCUUUACCGCUGCGAGGUAGUAACUGGCAUUGAGGAUGAACAGGACCUGCUGCCCCUGGAAGUGACUGGUGUUGUAUUCCAUUAUCGGGCUGCCCUGGGCCGCUAUACCCUGAGCUUCCAGGCAGCUCGAGAAGCCUGCCGACGCAACUCUGCUGUCAUCGCAGCCCCCCGCCAUCUGCAGGCUGCCUUUGAGGAUGGCUAUGACAACUGUGAUGCUGGCUGGCUCUCUGACCGCAGUGUUCGGUACCCCAUCACACUGUCCAGGCCUGGUUGUUAUGGAGACCGAAACAGCCUUCCAGGAGUCCGUAGCUAUGGCCGACGCGAUCCUCAUGAGCUCUACGAUGUUUAUUGUUUUGCCCGAGAACUGAGAGGAGAAGUCUUCUAUGUGUCACCACCCAGCCGACUCACAUUGUGGGGAGCCCGAGCUCAGUGUCGGAGCCAGGGGGCAGAGCUGGCUACUGUGGGUCACCUCUACUUGGCCUGGCAGGAGGGCCUGGACCAAUGUGACCCAGGUUGGCUGGCAGAUGGCAGUGUCCGUUAUCCCAUUCAGACACCCAGGCGGCGCUGUGGUGGUGAGGCUCCUGGGGUCCGGACCCUCUACAAUUUCUCCAACCGUACUGGUUUUCCUGAGCCUUCAGUCAAGUUUGAUGCCUACUGCUACCGAGCUCAUCACCCCACAUCUCCACCCAGGUACCAAGAUAACCCUGCCACUGAUGGGGAAGACCUAGAGUCUCUGUCUGCAGAGGAUCUGCCCAUCACAGGCCACGAGAAUGCCCUGCCCCUGGAUUCCCAGGAACCUCUGGUGUUCAGUGGAGUCCCUGCUGAUGAACAAUCCCAGGACUCCUCCCUGCUUCCCAAUGAAGCUGGGUCUGGAAAGACAGGGGGGACCCCAGUCCCAUUCCCUGGGAGGCUUUCCUCAGUCAGAGCCACAUCCCAGACACCAGAGCCAGCCAAGCAAGAGGAACCAUGGCUGAAUAUGAUAGAUAGAACACCCAUGCCUGGAGGUUUCCAAAUCGAGACAGUCCUUCCAGAGGGUACAGAGCCCCAACACCCAGCCAUGGUAGGGGCAGAAAGUGCCACCCCAAAUCCUGGAAUCACAGGAGACCUUAAAGCCAAGGGUACUGUGGCAUCUGCCACUGAAAUGGGCAUAGAGUCUGAUGCCCAAUCACUGAGCAGCACUGAAAUGACCCCAGUGGGCACCACAGCCAGGAGGAGGGGUCUGAACGGACGGUACUUCCAGCAACAGCAUCUGGAGCAAGCAACCUCCAGGACGGGGUGGGGCAUCAGGACAGGCACAAGCCCCACUCCCCCAGGCACCAAGGAGACUGGGAACCAUGUGGAGUUGCCCCUUAUCACAGCCACUAGGCCCAUGCUGGACCCCCAGAACACUCUGUCCAAUGAGGUGGACAGACUCCACUCUAGCUCUUCAGGAAUCCAGAGUGAGGGGACCCCACUGAAUCCCAACUCUGUGCCAUCACCAGCCCCCAAGAAAAAAGAAGAUGCCUAUCCUGGGAGCCAGAAUAGUCCCUGGGAUCCCGAAAAGGGAACCUCAAGCCCCAGCAAAGAUCCCCACCUAGGCAUGGAACCAGGAGACCCUGAGGACUCUUCAGGGGAGGCCCAUGGUGAUAGGGAUCUGCCUGUCCUGGCCAUGCUCCGGGCCCCCAAGCCCCCUUUAAUGUCCUUUCCCACACCCACCCUGGACACUUAUUUCCCUGUAAAUGUCAGAGAUGACAUGGGGUUGUCUCAGUAUAGUGGAACCACACCUGCCCCAGAAAUACCCCACAGCCCUUUCCCCACCUACACUGACUGGCCAGUCAAAGGGAGAGACAUCCUAGAAAAGACUGGGAUUAAACCAGAGAUAAAUGGGACUGAGUCACCUGCACCAUCCACAUUCCCUGGCCCCAGUCCCCAGAACAAAGGAGAUCUAGAAGGUGAUUCCUGGUCCCUAACUGUAGGAUGGGACAGCAAGCAGCUUGAGCAAAGCAAAGAAGCUAGCCCAACUGAAUAUGUUGACUCCCAUGAAAACCUGGGGCGAGGGUCCACUUUACCAAAUGAGGAAGACACUCCAUCCCCAAGGCCAGGAUCUGGCCUGAUGUUAAAUCAAGUCCCAACUGCCCAACUUGAGACUGGAGAGGAGUCUAAGGGAAUGAAGAAGUUUAAUUUUCACACACCUAGCCCUUCUCCUGCUCUAGUCCUCGGAACCCAGAGCCAGCAGCUCAGCCCGGACCCCGAAGCCAGGACCGGUGAGCCUACCACGUCUCAAGAGAGGUCUAAGCUAGCAACCUCCUCACCCCAGCCAGCACCUGGAGCCGAACAAUCCCUUGAACUCCCCUUGGCUACCCUGGAUCUAGUCAGUCCAGUCUCUCCCCAAGAACGCAGCCCCUCGGGAGAAGUAGUCUUCAUGCCCUGGACAUCAGGAGCCUCAACUCUGGCCAACAACAUUUGGGCCACCUCUGCCACCCCAGAAACAGAGGGAGAUGACACCUCUGGAGAGGGGCAGAAGGAAGCUAGCCCUUUGUGGGAGGCCUCUCGGACCCAGGUUCCUUUAUUGCCUGGUCUGGAAGAAAGUGAGCCAACCAGAGGUACGACCCAACACAUACAAAGGCACGGCCUUCAGGACCUAGAGAUUCCUGACCCCCAGGAGGUUGGACCGAGCUCUGCUUUGGAUGCAGGGGCUCAUGCUCUGGGUGAGGUUGGGAGCGGAGAGGAGUCUUCAAUAAUGGGAGAACUGGAAAGUGGAUCAUGGGCUGGAGAGAGCAACCGGAGCAAUGAGGAAGGAAGUUCAGAGGAAAAGGAGAAGGGGAGAGGAAAGCAGCUUUUGGGUCCCGGGGAACCAGGCCUUCUGUUUUCCGAUUGUAAACGUCCCGAGGCCGCCUGCGGAGUCGGGCGCAAAGGAUGCCACCUGGAGGCUGAGGUAACAGUCCCCACAGGGAUGACUGGGCGGCUAGGAAGAGGUCCGUCACCGUGGUGA